AUGGUAGCAGAGCGCUCCCGCAAAGCGACAGCCGCCGGUGCCCGCGGCCCUGGGGAGCUGGACGCGCCCGGGACGGUGGCGCUGGCGGUGGCGCCGGCGGAGCGCUGCGCGCGGCUGCCGAGCCCGGGGUCGUGCGGGCUACUGGCGCUGGCCCUCUGCUCGCUGGCGCUCAGCCUGCUCGCCCACUUUCGGACAGCCGAGCUGCAGGCCCGGGUGCAGCGCCUGGAAGCAGACCGUGGGGAGCAGCAAAUGGAGCCGGCUAUUUUGGGACGAGUCAACCAACUGCUGGAUGAGAAAUGGAAGUUCCACUCACGGAGGCGCCGGGAGACCCCGAAGACGUCUCCAGGGUGUCACUGCCCGCCAGGGCCUCCUGGUCCUGCUGGAAGACCCGGCCUCCCGGGGGACAAAGGUGCCAUUGGGAUGCCUGGACGUGUGGGGGCCCCAGGAGAUGCCGGGAUGUCCAUCAUCGGUCCCCGCGGCCCCCCCGGUCAGCCAGGCACUCGAGGUUUUCCUGGAUUUCCGGGUCCCAUUGGGCUUGACGGCAAACCGGGCCGCCCUGGACCAAAAGGGGAGACGUGCUUGGUGGGUCCCCCAGGAUAGCCAGGACCUCCAGGACAAAAAGGAGAAAAGGGUCAGUGUGGAGAGUACCCACACCGGGAGCACCUAAGCAGGUCUCUAGCAGCUCUGCACUCUAACCAGAUAAUUACCCUGAAGCUGCUGCCUCUCCUCAAUUCAGUGCGGCUGGCUCCACCCCCAGUCAUUAAAAGGCGGACCUUCCAGGGUGAACAGGGCCAGGCUGGCAUCCAAGGCCCACCAGGGCCACCAGGCCCUCCUGGACCAAGUGGACUGGGGCACCCAGGACUGCCAGGGCCCAUGGGGCCACCCGGCUUACCUGGGCCUCCGGGACCAAAGGGAGACCCGGGGAUCCAGGGCUACCACGGCCGGAAGGGAGAACGGGGCAUGCCAGGGAUGCCGGGCAAACACGGAGCAAAGGGGGCUCCUGGAAUCGCUGUGGCCGGGAUGAAGGGUGAGCCUGGGAUCCCAGGAGCCAAGGGUGAGAAGGGGGCUGCGGGGCCCCCUGGGCUACUCGGCCUCCUAGGGCAGAAGGGAGAAAAAGGUGAUGCUGGCAACUCCAUUGGAGGGGGCAGAGGGGAGCCUGGGCCCCCAGGGCCAAAGGGGGAAGCUGGAGCUGAUGGCCAGGCGGGCGCCCCAGGACGGCCAGGAGACAAGGGGCAGCCUGGAGCAGCUGGAGAACAGGGACCCGCUGGCCCCAAGGGCUCCAAGGGCGAACCCGGGAAAGGAGAGAUGGUGGACUACAAUGGAAACAUCAACGAGGCUCUCCAGGAGAUCCGGACACUGGCCUUGAUGGGACCCCCUGGUCUUCCUGGGCAGAUUGGCCCACCCGGAGCUCCAGGGAUCCCAGGCCAGAAGGGGGAGAUUGGACUGCCCGGCCCUCCCGGACACGAUGGGGAAAAGGGACCUCGAGGCAAACCAGGAGAUGUGGGCCCUCCUGGUCCCCAAGGUCCCCCAGGAAAGGCUGGGCCUGCAGGACUGAAGGGAGAAGAUGGCCUUCCGGGGAACCCAGGAGAGAAGGGGGAGAAAGGGGAGAUGGGGCAGCCAGGCCCACCGGGAGAGAAAGGAGAACCCGGGGAGAAGGGUGACCCAGGAGUGGAGGUUCCUGGGCCACCAGGGCCAGAGGGACCUCCCGGACCUCCGGGGCUCCAAGGCGUUCCUGGACCAAAGGGGGAAGCAGGGCUAGAUGGAGCAAAAGGAGAGAAGGGCGUCCAGGGAGAAAAAGGAGACCGAGGCCCUCUGGGAUUACCCGGAGCUUCAGGUUUGGACGGCAGGCCUGGGCCACCGGGUACUCCCGGACCAAUUGGAGUUCCAGGCCCAGCGGGACCAAAGGGAGAGAGGGGCAGCAAAGGCGACCCUGGGAUGACAGGACCAACGGGAGCAGCUGGGCUUCCUGGUUUACACGGACCACCCGGGGAUAAAGGAAACCGGGGGGAGAGGGGGAAGAAAGGCUCUAGAGGGCCUAAGGGGGAUAAGGGAGACCAAGGAGCGCCUGGAUUAGAUGCCCCCUGUCCAUUGGGUGAAGAUGGCUUGCCAGUCCAGGGCUGCUGGAAUAAGUGAUGCCUCUAACCUGGGAUUGGCCUGUGUGUGUGUUUGUAAAUAGAAUAUUUAUUUUUAUACAGUUUUCACUUUUUGAAAAUGCCCGAAGUAUGAUGCAUCUUACAGAUUAUUACAAAAAAAGGAAAGCCUG